GGAGGACGAGCCGAGCAAAAUCCCAUCAUCUUCGUUCAUUCGCGGGUCGUUCGACUUGAUCGCAAAUCUCGGAACAUUUUUCGUUUUGCAGGAUUUUAAGAAGCGGGCCGGGGUCCUCCGGCCGCGGAAUCUGUAGACAAUUGUGGAGGUGCAGUGAUCAACGGUGAAGUGGCAGUAGUGCUGCCCCUAGAACGGGUGCAAAAAGUGACCCAGCAGGGACAACUCCCAGCAGCUGUCCAGUGUUUCCGGUUUCCGGAGGUGAUUGGUUUCAGUGAAUUUUUAUUUUAUUGCACCGAACGAACGUGUAAUUCGCAGUGUCUGGCAUGAUGAAAACGAACACAUCAUUCGAGUAUCGAACAAUCGCGGAGAUUUCAACAGUUUAAAAUUAAAGUGGCCCUGAGGGCGAGGCGAAAUUUAACAACAGGAAAGGGACGAGCUCUACUCGAAAGAGUGUGUCGGUCGUCGUUGUUUGCUGGCAGCACUGCUUCGUAGAGUGUCCCGUCACCGUCACACACAGCAGCAGCAGCAGCAGAAAGAAGUUGCAGAGCUCUCACACGAACAUCACCUCGUCGUCCGUCGGUCGUUCGUCGAAAAUUCGGUUCAAAUUCUCGGUUCUGCGGUUCGAUUCUACGGCCAUAUUCCGGGGGCGAUUCUCGAGUGUCGCCGCGACGGAGUGAACCUCCGCGGGACUGCGGGGAUUCGGAAAAUUGCGAUUUUCUGUGGGGUGUGGAAAAGUGGAAUUUUCUUCGCGGACGGAACAAAGUUGGACGAAAAAAAGUGUGUGUGUGUGCGUGCGUGUGUGCAACACUUUUUUUUUCUUUCCUCUUCUGUCAGUGUGAACACUGCGUGUUAGUGUGUGAGCGAAGAAGAAAAAGGACAACCACAGCAGAAGGCAAGAAGAAGAGCAAAUUCGGGUCGGUCGCGUGCGAAUUUUCCAGUGGGACCACUUGCUUUUCCAUGGAGUAGAGAGAGAGAGAGAGGAGCAAAAAAUACCCGGUGACCUUUGUCCGUGGACAAUCCGCGCGGGGCGCCCGCGGCCAGAAUGUUCCGGCUGACUCGCAAAAGAAGAAGAACCUGGAUGAUGACCAGCAGCCGCAGCAGCAGCAGUCAGUGGGUGCAACAAGAGGAAAACAAAGAACAAGAAGAAGCCAUCCUCUAGUUGUGUGCGCGCGUGAGUGUGAGUGAUUAGACGAUCAUAAUUUUUGUGUGUCAGUCGAGCGCGCGGCUUCGAACACACAAACACAAGCAGCAGUAGUGACAGAGGGAUAGGGAGAAUAAAAAAGGAGUGAGAGAGGGAGUGAACGUGCAGUCAGCAGUUUUGUGUAGUAGAGCGGCAGCAGCACAAGAAGAAGAAACCUCCGAAUCGACCAAAAAAACACUCUCGGACACAGAAGUAGUAGCAGCAGAAGCAAGAAGUAGCAGUAAAAUAGCACGUAGAAGUAGCAAGUGGAGAGAUAUAAUAUAUAUUUCUGAUAUAAAGUGAGAUAGAGCAGCAGUAACAGCAGCAGAAGAAGCAAAUUUCAAAGGAAGAGGAACGGUGCCCGGUGCCCGGUGCACGUCGGCGGCCGCCUCUGACGUCCGGAUAUUAUUUCUCUUCGCCCCACACUUUCCAAGAUGGCUCCGUCUCCGGAGCUCGGGGGCCAACCGAAGGCCCCCGACAAAGUCCCCGGAGCACCGUCGGAGGCAUCGUCAUCAACAACAUCAUCUUCAUCGUCCUCAGCAUCAGCAGCAGCUGCUACUCCCACCGCCGGGUCAACCACGACUGCCGGCGCCUCUUCGGCGGUGACUCCGGCAGCCGUCACAGGUGCCGCUGGAGCGGCCACCACAACAUCUCAGCAGCAGACUCCGCCGCAGAACACCAGCAAGAUCGAUAACAUGGCGGAGAGUGAUCUCAAGGCGCUUCUCGAGGAAGCCAUCACCUACAAACGUCCAAAGGAUCGGGAGCACAAGAGUGCAACGUUCAACGAACUUCUUGACAAAACGGAGAAGGAAGACCAGGAGCAAAACUUCCCGUUCACAAGCCGGCCGGUCCACUCGAAGCGGGCCUCGGGCCGACCCACGCAGGGCGGUUCCCUGCAGGAUCUCCAGGAGGCCGGCCUCAACGACUGCUACUCGGAGUUUCCGUUCGCGCCCGAUUUCUACACGAACCUGGGCGGGUUGGGCGUCCAGAUGUCCCGGCGGCACCACGGCGGCAGUUCGUUCGGGCCGGGCGGUGGCGACCGCGUCAUCAACAACCCGCGCACGCAAAAGCAACGCUACACGAGUUCGGUUUCGUCGCGGCAACGCGAAGGGGGCAGCCUGCCGAGCAACGUCAACGUCGAGUGUUCGUUCUUCAACGAUUCUUCGUCGUCGGCCGGUGGGGGGACCACGAUUACCAAGUUCAAGAAGCGGGACGGCGCAAGUAGCGGAGCGAAGAGCGACUACGGCACGAUGGUCCUGACGGCACCGUUGACGAGCGCCGGAGCCGCGGAACUGAUUGAGGCCGUGGCGGAAGCGGCUGGUGGGGCGGGGCUGUGCGGUGGCAUGAAGAACACGGAAUCUCACCUGAUUGAUGGGGGUUGCAUGGGAGCGGCAGCGGCGGCUGGCCACACCGUCAUCGACAUGGGCGAGCUGGAAUCUGACGAAACGCAGCGACUGCUGGACAACGACGCGUUGCAGCAGAACCUGUACGAUUCGGGGCUGGACGAUUUGGACGGAAGUAUGGGGGAUCCGUACGGUAGCAGUAGCACGACCACAAGCGGAGGCAGCAGCUCUUCCGGGGGAGUUCACGGUGCUUCGGGGGUUGGAGGUGCGUGCAGUGCGCUGAAGAAGAUUCCGCGCUUCCCCACGACCAGCUACACUAGUCACGCCAAGCUGGAGAUUGGCGAGCCGUCGUCCACGGUGCGACCGUCGCUGGUGCACCACGUCGACAAGACCGUCCCGCUGCCCCUGCUCGAGAGCAACAAGAGCGUGGACAUUACGCCGAUCCAGCUGGGUUCGAGCUACCAGGCCGUCAAGUGCUUCAUGUCCAGCGACGCGGGAGGGGGAGGGGGCGUAGGGGGAAGUGGCAGCAGCAGCGUUAGCAAGCAAGACCCCAAGCAUGUGAUGAUCACCGCCAACAACGCCAAGUACAUCACCACGCAGAACUUUAGCCAGAUGAUUUCGCAAGUAAGUUACGCGGGGCCAAAAUAUUUGGACGAAAACGGCAACUCGGUGCAGCAGUUCAACAGCAGUCUGCUCGGUGGUUCGUCCGGUUCGUCCUCGUCGGCCGCAACGGUCACGAGCUCGGCCAUUUCCUCGGCCGUGUCGUCGGCAGCAGCCGCGGCCGUCGCGGCAGGAGCAGCCGUAGGGAUGGCCGCCGGGGCCAGUGGCAAUAGUGGCGGCGGGGUUGGGAGCGUCCUCGGCACGGUCAGUGGCGGCUCCGCCAGUGGUGGGGCCAGUUCGACCGCCGGCGGUGGCAAGAAGAAGCGCAAUAACAAGUCUGACCGGAACACGGUGCUGGUGAUACCGGAGAAUAUCGCCGGCUGGCGGGGCAAGGAGACGAACAUUGAGGAGCUGGUGAAUUACAUCGAUGGGAAGGGGGGUGGUGGGGUCAAUCCGAAGAACGGUACCGUUGUUAAAGUGAGUGGAGGUGGGGGUGGGGGUAACGGGAAUGGAAACGGUUCCACUAGCGGUGCUGGUGGGGCCGUUGAGAAUGGUGUUUCGGAAGAGAAGGCCCCGAAGAAGAAGAGUGAGAAAAAGAAGGAAAAGGCCAAACUGAAAAAGAGCAACUCGCUGGAAGAGCUGAGCAGCUGCAGCCGGAAGAAGCAGCAGGCCGAGGACGAGCAGCAGAGUCAGGAGAUGGAAGUGACGACCUCGUCACAGAAGCCGGAAGUUGCGGAAACGGUGACGCUUCGAAAGGCAGGCAAAAAGGGAAGUCAGCAGCACCAAACGACGUCCUCCAAUUCGUCCGCGUCGUCGUCUUCGACGACUUCGUCGAACUCUUCCAAGGAAGGUUCCGCAAACAACAAACGAGGCGAGCGACGUUCGUGGGGCACGGAAGAGCUGGCCUACCUUGAGGAUCAGCAUGUGCAGCAGGAGGAGAAAUCUGCGUCGUCGAAGAAACGAGAGGCCAAAGAACACGCGAGUGAACCGCCAGCCGCCGCCCUGCCUUCGUUCAACCUGGGCAAGAAGCGCGAUUCGUUACGGAUGUCGGUGGAAUCGCUGUCGGCGGUUGGUGGAGUGUCGGGAGGAACGGCCGUGGAGGCCGCCGAGUUCCACGUAGUGAUUAAGAAGAAGAAGAUGAAGAAAAAAGCUCAGAGUUUGUUUGCGGAAGAUUCGGGAAUGGCCGGUGGGACGUCCGGAUACGGUGGCGUUUCGAACAAUCGACGGCAUUUGGGCGCAGGUCAGAGUUACAACUCGGCAGGUGGCUCACGAUCGGCGAACUCCGGUGGCAAGUAUCAGACGAGUCAGAGCUUUGCCAACGAUCGGGACGCGUACAUGAACUCGCUGACCAGCGGAAGUGACGUUUCGCGAAGGAAAUCAACCUCCUCGAUGCCUCCGUCGGAAAAAUCCGACUCGAGCGAUGUCGACUCGGUACAGUCGCUGCCCAUCGAGCCCUCGCGGAAGCAGCAGCAGCAACAACCCUCGUCCCAGCAGAAGCAGGGCGGCGCCGUUGGCGUCUCGUACGCAGACAUUGCGGCCCGAAUCCCGCACGCAGAUCGCGUCAACAACAAUCUACCGGGUGCCGGCGGCGGAGGUUCCAACAGUAGCAACAGCAGCAGCAAUAACACCAACACAUCCCCGCUGGACAGUGUCGAAAAGUGGCCUCCGGUCCAGGCGACCAGCCCCGAGGACCUUGCUCAAGCACUCAAGUCACCAUCCGCGUUCCCGGAACUAGUCCCAGAAUCCGAGCAAUAUCAACAGCAUCAGUAUGUGAAUAGUAGCGUUAGUAGCGUUAGCAGUAGUACCAACAGCAGUAGCAAUCUAGGAAGUAACAAGGCGACUUACUCGCAAAGUCUGCUGAUUGCGGCGGCGACCACGCCCAAGGCGUCCCUGCCGGAAGAAGCGUCCUCGACGGCGGCCAGUGGCAAACUAGUUAGUAGCGUUAGUAGUGAACAUAAUGUAAAUAGUAGCAACGCUAACGCCAACAGCAGCACCAACACCAGCAAUUCAAAGCUGGCGUUACACAAAUCCAAGAGUGUCGACAAUAACGACAUUUACUACUCCAACGAGCACUACCCGGCCCUGGAGAAGACUGUCAAGCCGGCCAAAACGACUUUGACCACGACGACGACCGCAUCGACGGUGGCUGCCGCCGCGCCUGUGGCCACCACCCUUACUGCCAACAGCACCCUGCAAGAGCCCAAGUCAGCUUCCGCCGGGAAGACGAGUCCCGUUGCGUUGAUAUCGGUUCCCCCAGUCACGAAUCCAGUCACAGCCGCAAACAGCAGCGUCACCGCCACCACCACCAACAACAACAACAACGCUUCGAACGGUGCCAAAAAAUCCAAAAAGAAGGAGGCUGCAGUCGCAGCGGUGACGACACCAGCCAACGACGUCGAAUCGAUCAACAACGCGCGGAAUGUUGCUGGCACGACCUUCGGCCAGACGGCGUCGCUGGUUGACGUCCUCAACAACAACAACAACAACACCAGCAACCCGGUGCUGAUUGAGCACGCCGCAGAGAUUGAUUACUCGCAAAACAACGGAUUGACGACGUCGAGCCGGACCAACGGCGGUCCAGGACUUCUGCAGAGCAGCACUCCCAAGACGACCAGCACGACGUCGUCUUCGACGGUGAACAACGUCGGUACGACGACCACGUCCAAGCGGUCCAAAAAGGAAAAGUUUGCCCCGUCCACGAACGCGACAACUCCGCAGCAGCAACCACAACACUACCCAGCGUCAACGCAGCCUUCCGCAAACCACCGGCCCGCGGUCAUCAUGAACGACAGCAGCACCGCCGCCAACGAGGCGAACCACCACGAGUUCACCUUCGGCUUCGACAUCGACCAGGAGCUGCUGUUUGGCGAUUGCCCAGAGGACGAGCAGCAGCAGCAGCAGCAGAACUAUCAGAAGCCGAGCACCGCCGUCGACAACAACGUUCCUUCGCCGACGAGCAACACGUCCGUACAGUCGACCGACCUCGGCUACAGCUCGAUGCAGCAGUCGAGCAGUUCCGUCGCGGCGUCCCCGUCGUCGGCGUCCUCUUCCAGCUCGUCGCAGCAGCAACACCAUUAUCACAAUCAGCAGCAGCAGCAGCAGCAACCGGAAACGUACGAGAUGCUCAACUCAACUGACCCUGACACCUACCGGGACAGCAUCGAGCAUAAGUUCCACCAGCCGCCGCCGUCCAUGGUGUUGCCCGGACCUGGUCCGCUCUACACGCAACCUCCGCCGCAGCUUCCACCGCCACACGUGCUGGCGCGACAACAGGCUCGUCCUGUCGUGACCACAACUGCCGCGGCCGCCGCAGGACACUACAACUUGCCACCACCACCGGUCCAGCAGCAGCCGCUCCAACCAGCCGUCGUCGACAGUGCCACCAACACGUCCCCACCAACGCUGAUGACGGUUCCGCCGCCGCCACUUCCCAUCCCCGUUGUGGCCACGGCCGUGCCCAUUCCGGUCGUGGUGGCGGCCGCUCAGCCACUGCCUGCCGCCGUACCGGUCGUGCUGGUCCCGGCCGGUCCGCCUCCGGUAGCCGUCGUGCCCGUGGCCGUCGCUGCGAGCACCCCCAACAGCAUCACUAGUCUCAACAACCAAACCACGAUGGUGGUGGCGCCGGUGCCGGUGAGCGUAACGGCGGAACCACCCCACCUCGAGUACCAGCCAAAGCCGCAGCGGCAAGCGCAGCAGCACGUGCCGGCGCAACCACAGCAAAGUCAGCAGCCAAUCCGGGAGAAGAUCAAGGAGAUUAAUCUGCGGUUUAUUGCGCCCGAGCAGCUGCAGACGAACCACAACCACGACAAGAUUGUCAACUUUGUCGGCAUGGCCUGGGAGGACAUAAUCUGUGGCAACAAUGGCAGCGCCAAGUACUACGACGGAAAAUAAGCAGCAACAUCCCGAGCCCGGGGUUUGACAACAAUGUCUCACAAUACACACAAACACACAUACAGACACUCACACAUACACUCACCCGCUAGUACACCGUGUAUAGGAGAAACGAAAAAAAAAGAGGGAAGGAAAAAAGUGACUAAACAACUAAACAGAGGACAAAACGAGCAAAAACAAGAAUCUACGUCAGAAGUGUAGAGAGAGAGAGAAAAAUACUAAUCAAACAAGAAACAGUGAGCGACGUGCGCAAGUUGCAAACAAACAAAAAAAAUGCCAAGCAUUAAAACAAAACAAAAAAAUGUCUAUCACGCGCACUCAAUCUCUGUUACACAAAAGAUGUUUGUGUACCAAGCAGUGCAACGCAACUCGACACUCUCCCACACACACACACACACUCACGCAUGCGCUCACCACAGACAAAACAAACAAUAUCGAGCGGAAGCUGCUUAGGUUAUAUUAAUAUAUAAUUAUUAUCUUUUUUUUUUUGUUUUGUUUUCGUAAGUCAGGAGCGCGCUCUCUCUGGGCCCACUUUCCCACAAAAUCGGUGUGAGUGACUGUGUGUGCGUGUGUGUGUUUGUGGAGAAACGCUAACGCUUGUGCCAGCGGCAGAAAAAAAAGAAGAUAAGUGGGACAGGACAGAUAAUGCUUGCUUUGUUUAACUAUUAUCAUUAUUAAUUAAUAUUAUUAACCUAUUGUUUAAUUUUAUUCGAGAUUCUUUAGUUUGUUUUCUUUUGCUUUUUUUUAAUGCCUAUUGUUUCGGAGAGGGAGAGCGAGAGAAAAAGUGUGUGAGAGAAAGAGAGCGGCAGUAGGAGCAAUUGAGAGAGGAUAGCAAAACAAGUACUAGCGAGAGAGAGAGAGAGAAGAGAAAAAAAAUGAGAGAGCGUGGCGUAAAAAAGGUCAAUAAAGAAGAAUAGUUUUUUUUCUGUGUAAUAAAAUCAAACUGCGACUACAAACUCUCGGAUAUCAUUACAUUUAGUCAUUGCGCCGGAGUAGGAGAGAGAGCUUGUGUGUUUGUUUGUGCGUGUGUACGAGAGUGAGAGAAAGAGAGAGACAAAAAAAAAAUCAACAUCAACACUAGUAGCAAACAAGUGUCCGAAAAACACCCAAUGUGAUUUAUAGUAACUAAUCAAUAGGCGCAAAACGCGAAUAAAAAGAAAACUUGAAAAAAAUAACAACUCGUCGUCGCGCGUUGCAGAUCCUCCGGGGAGAGAAAGUGAGAGAGAGAGAAAGAGAGCGAAUAUCUGAGUCUGUGUGCGUGACUGCAAGUAAGAGAGAGAGAAAAUGAGUGCGAGGAGUUGAGAAAAAAGAAGAAUAAAAAUGGACUGCAGCUUAAAACUGUAUCAAAGUUACUGACUGUAUUUAAGAA